GACCCUCCCCCCACGAUGGAGCUGGCGGUGCAGGUGCUCCGGGACUUCUUGGAGUAUUCUUGCCAGCUCCCAGAACUGACACGAGAGAUCAGCGCCAACCACAUCCCCGGACUCCUGACCUCCCUACUGGCCCUCAAACCCGAGUGCCAGAUCUCUGCCUUGGAAGGGAGCAAGGCCUGCAUGACGUUUUAUCCACGGGCGUGUGGCUCCUUGCGAGGUAAGUUGGCGACCUAUUUCCUGGCCCGCCUCGAUGCAGAGACUCCUCACCUGCAGCAGCUGGCCUGCGACUGCUACGCGCUUCUGCCCUCCCUGGGGGCCGGCUUCGCCCAGGGGCUCAAGUACACGGAGUGCUGGGAGCAGCAGGCCCACGGCCUUUUGGCCACGCUGCACGGCCUCCUGGGAACCCUCUACGAGGGCGCCGAGACAGAGCCUUUGCACUAUGAGGGGCCCGGGGUGGAGAUCCCCCUGCCGGCACCGGAGGACGGACAAACCAGCCUCCUUCUCCAUCUGAAGCUCCGGUUCUCGGGCCUGGCCAAAUGUCUCUGCAAGAUGCUGAGUAACGAGUUUCCAGCUCCUGUGACGGUCCCCGUUCAGGACAUCCUGGACCUGGUUUGUCGCACCCUUAAUAUCUCCACCAAAAACAUUGGCUGGUUUGGCGACGGUCCGUUGCGGCUGCUGUUUCUGCCUUCCAUCCACCUGGAGAUCUUGGACUUGCUUUCUGCCCUUAUCUUGGCGUGUGGCCCUCGGCUGGUGCGGUUUGGGGGGAUCCUCUGCCGCCUGUUCCCGCAGGUGCUGACCACCUGGAGUGCUGGACGGGAACUGCUCCUUCCGGGACAGGAGCGCCCGUACAGCGCGGUGCGGACACGACUCUACCAGGUGGUGGACCUCUGGGUGCAGGCGGCCGGAGCGUCGUCCGGCGUCCUGCAGGGACACAGACAGCACAGCGAGGCCCUCCUGGGCCACUGGAUGGCUGACAUCAGCCCCCCCUCGGAGAGUCUCCAGUUGCGGGAGGGCAGCCCUGGGUCUGAGGGGAAGCCCAGCGCCCCUAAGAGGCCUAGGCUGUCUGACCUGGGGGGCUCAGGGCCCUCCGUGCACCGCAAGCACGACCCCCGGGCGAACAGCGACGUCUGCCUGGCAGCCCUGCAAGGGCUGAGCCGCACCGUCCUACUCAGCGGGAGUCUUCUGGCCGAGAAAGCACACAAGAGGCUGCAAGAGCUGGUGAUCCCCCUACUGAUUCGACUGAGCCAGGCCGAGCCCCUUCCCGGAUCCCCGUACGCGAGCGCCAGCUGCCGACGGGAGCUCUACCGCCUGCUCUUGGCGUUGGUAUUGGCCCCGGCCCCCUCCUGCCCGCCCCCUCUGCACUGCGCUCUCCGGCUGCUGAGCCAGGGCCGCUUAGAUGCCAAUCUGCAGGUGUCUUCCUUCUGUGCAGAGGCGGCGGUGGUCUGCAACUCACUUCUCCAUCCCCGAGUGCCGUCCUUGCAGCUUCCGCUGGCGGGGCCUUCUGGCCUGCCCCCUGGCUCCUCCGAGCUCUCCCCCGCAGCAGCCUCCCCCUUCCACCCGACCCCCCCUCUGCCCUUCGGCGCAGCCCGGCUCCCGCCUCCGGCCUCCCCUUCCGCGCCCCCCUCCGUGGCCGCUUCUGCCAAUUCCCUGGGGCUGCCUCUGCCGAGUUUGGGGCAGCUGCCCCCCCGCCUGACCCCCGAGGAGCCCUCGCUCCCGGCCUCCCCCGGCACGACGGCCUUGGCAGCGGCCUUAGCAGCGGGAGCCAAGAUGCGGCGCCCGAUCUUCAUCCACUACGACAAGGAGGAAGAGGAGGACGUGGAGCUCUCCCUGGAGAGCGACUCGGACGACAGCGUGGUCAUCGUGCCCAAGGGGCAGCUGGGGAAAAUGGUCAACAACACAAGCGCAGGGGUGGCGGUGGGGGGAGGAGCGGCACCCACCCCCGCCCCCGCCCCUCCCGCACCCCCACCCUUGCCCCCAGCAGCCCCUCCUGCCUUGCCAGCCUCUCCCCCGCCAGCUUUGGAGGAGGCCCUGGCUGAGCCGGCCUCCCCCCUCCCCCUGGGGCCCCCUCCCUCGGCAGCUCCCCUGGGGCUCCCGCCUUCCCCCACCACCAUGGCGAGCGACACCUUGCUUCCUGCGCUGGUGGAGGAGGACACCCCCACUGUCAUCAACAUCAACAGCAGCGAGGAGGAGGAGGAGGAAGACGAUGAGGAAGACUUCCCCGAGGACGAGGAGUACUUUGACGAGGAAGAGGAGGAAGAAGAGUUUGACGAGGAGGAAGAGGAGGAGGAGGAAGAAGAGUUUGAAGGGGAGCUAGACGAGGAGGAAGAGGGAGAGCUGGACGAGGAGGAGCUGGAGGAGUUGGGCGAAGAGGAAGAGGAGGAGGAGUUCGAUGAGGAAGAGGAAGGGAUGACGGAGGACGAGGAAGAGGAGGAAGGCCUGACGGAGGAGGACGAGGAGGGGCUGCUGCCCACCUUGCCCCCCCGGACUGACAAACAGCCCCCCGAGCAGGUGCCUGGAAAGGAAGAGCCCCCCAGUCGGGUGGGCGAGGAAGAGGAAGGGGCGGGGCUUCUCAUGGAGGUUGAAGAAGAGGCCUUCCAUCCCCCCGAGGAAGCGCUCCUGAUGGUGAAAGCGGAAGAGCCCCCCUCACCCCCUGCCGAAGCCCUGCCCCUGCCACCCCCUCUGCUGCCCGGCACCCCGGCCCUCCCGCUGCCCUCCGGGCCGGUGGCAUCCUCCCCACGACCUGCAGCUGCUGACGAGCAGGAGAAGCCCCAGAUGGAUCAGGAGGGUCCUCUGGAUGGGGCAGCCCCCCCAGCCGCUUCUCCAAGGGCACCGGCGGCAGAGGACGAGGGGGAGGCGGCACAGGAGAGCCACCCUGCGGAGGAGGUGGGGCAGCAUCCCUUGGAGUCCUCAGGCGUUCACCGGGGAGAGCCGGAGAAGGCACCGCCAGAGGAGGAGGAGGAGGUCGUGGAGGUGAAGGAGGAGGCAAUGACGACCGACGAGACCGAAGCCAUGCUGGCUGACUUUGUGGACUGCCCUCCGGAUGAGGAAAAGGUGCCCGUGGAACCCAGUUCCUGA